AUAAUAACACAGAGCUGCUACGACUUUCUGUAAGGACAUGGAUGAGUCCAAAGCGCCAUCUUGCGCUGGCGGACGCUGAAUACAAAGUCACUUCCCACCCGUCGAACCCUCCGUGCAAAGUUCAGACCCUGGAACUGUGGUGGCGGGUUGAUACAUUUUCCCACCUGUGGGUUAUUGGUUUUGCAGAGAUAGAUGGAGCAGGAGCGCGGUGCGCAAAACGGUGGAAGUGUGUGCGCGUAAAGGAAAACCCGCCUGUGCGAUCCGCAUCUCCCCACUCUCAGGAGGCGCCCACUCACUGAUCUCACUUCCCCGUUUCACGCGCGACUCGUAUUUGGAGCUAAAAGCGGAAUGUGGACCUGAUUUCUCUGCCUUUAACCUGGUCUGAUCCACAUAGCGAGAAGAGAUGAGCGUGCAGAUUGUCACUGAUCAUAAGAGAACAAAGUCUCUUCAGGCAACAUCUGGGUAAUAAUAGAGAAUCCCAAGCAUCCUGAAGCACGCCCCAACCUGUCUGUUGGCUCCAAUGAGCUUUCCAGCUGCUGCCACUCACUCACGGCAUCAGUACUUGGCAACAACAGAGAUACAAUGGGUGUCACAGACUGGCUGGAAGGCGAUGGAGCGCAGGAGGAGGCCAGAUCCUGUCCUCGGUGGUCAGAGGAGUACUGCGAGGAGCUGUGGGAUCGCGUGGAGGGAGUGCGGCACAAGCUCACCCGCAUCCUCAACCCGGCCAAGCUCACCCCUUACCUGCGGCAAUGCAAGGUCAUCGACGAGCAGGAUGAGGACGAGGUGCUCAACUCCACGCAGCAUCCGCUGCGCAUCAGCAAGGCCGGACGUUUGCUGGACAUCCUGCGUUGUCAGGGCCAGAGGGGCCUUCAGGCCUUCAUGGAAGCGCUGGAGUUUUACCAUCCAGAGCAAUACACACAGCUGACAGGAAAACAGCCGACGCAGCGAUGCUCCCUCAUACUGGAUGAGGAAGGUCCAGAGGGUUUGACUCAGUUUCUGCUGCUGGAGGUGCGUAAACUGAGGGAGCAGCUAAGAAACAGCCGCCUGUGUGAGCGACGCCUGUCUCAGCGCUGUCGGAUGGCAGAGGAGGAUCGUAGCCGAGCCGAACACAAAGCUCAAGAGCUGCGGCAUGACAAAUUGCUGCUUGAAAGACUGCGUCAGGACUGGGAGUCAGCCAGUCAGGAGCUGGGUAAGCUGAAGGAGAGACACCUUGAACAGGCUGUAAAGUAUUCAAGGGCCUUAGAGGAGCAGGGCAAAGCCACCACACGAGAAAGGGAGCUCAUGAGACAGGUAGAGGAGCUUAGAUCCAGACUGACUGAGGCAGAUAAAAAAACAGAAAAUGCUGAUAUUCCAGAGACUAACAGAACAAAUAACGAUCUCUACAAUGGGAUAAAUGGCUCCAGUCCUGCUUUGCCAGAGAAGCCGCCGCAGCUCACUGACGCUCAGAAACCAGAAAGAAAGGAAGUUCAGAUGAGGAACUCAGAUCCCUCCACUGGAGUCAUUGCCCUGAUGGACAUCCUGCAGCAGGACCGCAGAGAGGCUGCAGAACAGAGACAGGAGCUCUGUGAGAUCGUCACCAGACUUCAGGGAGAGCUAAGGAGCGCUGAGGAGAACAGUGACAAGUUGGAGGUGCAGUGUGAGCAGCUGCAGCAGAAGGUGAGGACUCUCCAGCUGGACUGGAAGACGGAACAGAAGAGGAGUCUGUCCUACUUCAACCAAAUCACGGAACUGGAAAAGGAGAGAGACCAGGCUUUGCAUAGCCGAGACAGCCUGCAGCUGGAGUACACUGACUGCCUGCUGGAUAAGAACCGCCUGCGCAAACGCAUCGCAGAGCUGCAAGCCAACCUGGAGCAGCAGCAGAGAGAGCUGGAGAGGGAGCGAGAUCGGUGCCGGGAGCAGAUGGAGCAGAGUCCCUGUCUGAACUGCUCUGACCUGUCUCUGUGCAGCGAGGACCAGUGCUUUGGGCCAUGCUGUUCCCUUGACCUGGAUCUAAGUCCACAGGCCAGCAGAACUAAUUUAGUGCUAAGGAAGACGCCCCCUGUAGGCCAAAACAAUGUAAACGCUGAGGGUUCAAUUUACAACUCAGAGGAGAACCUGCUGUCUAUUUCUAAGGAUAAUGAAAAGGAAAUAAAUCGCCUGUCCACGUUCCCCUUUCCUCCAUGCGUGAACUCCAUCAACAGGCGGUUUAACACAGAGUUUGAUGUGGACUCUUGGGCAAGUGAUGAGAAUGAUAAUAUUCCAGGGGAACACUCUGAACCUUCUCUGUGGGAUUCCUGGACCUCUUUGCACUCCCAUCUCUUUCCCCCGGAUUUGGUCAACCUGCCCCCAGUUUCUUCUCACCCGUCCACCCCUAAUGUCCCCAGGAAGCCACCCUCACCCUGCUCUCCAUGUUCAAGCCCCUCCAACUCGCCAAAGCUUGGAAGAGCCAGUCUGGCUGAUGAUGUCACUAUACUUGGAGGAAAUCGAACUGGGAUCUUUGUCAGUCACGUGAAAGCUGGUUCACUGGCCGAACAGUGUGGACUGCAGGAGGGCUGCGAGCUGCUGGAGCUGGAUCAGGUUCAGUUUAGUGGAGGAAGUGUGCUCCUGGCUCAGUGCACUGCUGAGGUGGCCCACUUUUCUCUGCAGUGGUGGACCGAGCCCUCAACACUCAAACACCAGAGGAACCCAGACGCCUACUCCAAGCUCUGCUCAGAGCGAUCCUCGCCAUCCUUUGUGGGCGCUGACUCCUUCUAUGCGCGUGUUAAUCUUAACAUGGAGCCUCAUGGUGACCCGCCAUCUCUGGGUGUUUCCUGUGAUGACAUCGUACAUGUCACAGACACAAGGCACAAUGGAAAAUACCAGUGGCGCUGCUCCCUGGUGGACCGGGACACGGCCGUACCCCUGCAGACAGGAAUUGUGCCCAACUACAACAGGGCACAACAGUUAUUGCUUAUAAUGUUACGAAAAAUGUCACUGGAACAAAAGGACAUAAAGAAGAGGAUGUUUCCAAAGAAAAUGUCUGACCGUGUUCGACUGGUCAAGUCACUGGAUACCAGCACUCGGGGUAGUGGUUCCUCAAAGCAAGUUUUUUACACUCUCAGCAAACGCCAUGAGGACCAUUUGAUCCCAUACAGUUUGGUGCAGCCAAUGAGAGUUCAGACUAAGAGGCCGGUCAUCUUCUCGCCCUCUCCUCUAUCCCGUGGGCUGAUCGAGAGGCUGCUGCUGCCAGCAGAGUCCGGUUUGAACUUUAACACCUGCCCACCAGAACCUAUUCAAGCUUCAGAACAAAAGGACAAAGGGAUAUUUCUGUUAGAUUCCUGCAGUCCAGAGCAGGUUCUGGGAAUAAGGCUGGAAUCAAUACAGGAUGUGAUCAGUCAGGACAGGCAUUGUCUACUAGAGCUGGGGCUCCCCAGUGUGGAGGGCCUGCUGAGGCAGGGGAUUUACCCCAUUGUCAUCCACAUUCGCCCUAAAAACAAAAAGCACAAGAAGUUAAAGAAGUUUUUUCCGAGGUGUGGAGAGGACAGCAUAAUGGAGGAGGUGUGCCAGGCUGAGGAGCUGCAGCUGGAAACACUGCCUCUGCUUUACUACACUGUGGAGCCAAACACCUGGAGCUCGACCGAGGAGCUGCUGGAAACCUUACGUGUUGCGAUCCUAAGGCAGCAGAGGGCAGUAGCAUGGGUUGAACUUGACAGGCUGCAAUAGAGGAUGGAUGUGUGUAUUUAAUGAUAAUACAAACUUGAUUAUUCUGCUGUUAUGGGAGCAAGUACUAAAGCAGGAUCUUUACAUUAGCUGUGAUGUAAUGUGCUCAUGGAAAGAUUUAUUUAGAAUUUCAACAGAAGCCAAUUUAGGCUUUUGCACAUCCGAUAAUAUUAACUAUUUUAGAUACCAUAUUGUCAUAAUACUCAUGUCAGUACAAAUCAACCUGUAGCAAAUACAUCACGAUGCAAUAUUGCCUUUCCCUUCAGACUCCUCACUACAAUUAAGGUUAGAAUAUUUUCUAAAGCUGUACAGUUUAAUAAAGCUUAACGUGGUUAAAAAAUUUAACAAACAACUAAUACAUGUUUUUCGAACUACUGUGAAUUCUGUUUGAUGUUGUGUUUUAAAGAAAAUGUGCAUUUCUUGACAUGCUUAAGUGACAUUUGUAUGACUCAAGGUCAGCAUUUUAGUGCUAUUUGUUUAAUUAGAAUCACUUUUUUUAUUUUGAAAUAAAUACUUUUGCAUUACACUUAA